AAGGUAUUUUAAUCGAUACUAGAGAAAUGGGAUGUGAAACAGUGUUUGAAUGCGAACAUGCAAGCUGCAAGCACCAUUAGCAGUGGGAGGAUUAAAUAAACAGGAGGAAAAAUAAGAGCAUCAAUGCUAAAAAGAAAAGUUGAACACUUUGCUUAGAGGAAAAAAAAAAGAAAGAAAGAAAAAGGAUGGCUAGAUGAAUUUCCAGUCCAUAGACCAGCCUCCAAGCUUAGCUAUCCAAUAAGAGCUGUCAGGGGAGGCACUGAAAUCACUUUUACAUAUCCCUUCACUGUUUUCUUCAGCAUCCAGGCACGUUGGAACAGCUCACUGAUAAAAUUCAAGGAUUUACUGGGAAUAUCCCUGCUAUUUUACUGGAGAUGCACCGCUGAUGCGUACAGAGAGAGAAGGACCUGGGAACUGCGUCUUGCCAUCAGGACACAGAGCUUGAAAGUGUCAGACUCUCCAUUAGGAUGAAAAGGCACAGGGCGCACAGUGAGUGAGAGCUGCUCAUACACCAGGGAUUCUUGUGAGCAUCAUUUCUGUCAAGUAGAUCCUUUUAAUUCAUUCCUAGCUGAAGGCUGCUGAUGAAGACGUUGGCUGAUCACUGGCACAGUUACAUCCAUGUACCCAAUUCUAAAUGUAAGGCAUCAUUCAGACCUGAACUAUUUGUGUUUACAUUUAUUGAGCUGUAAACGGAAGGAUCAGCUGCAAGUAAAUAUUCCUCGCUGCAUGAUGAAUUGGAUGAGAACAAUUUGGAUGUAAGCAGAGCAGUCAUUUCAUGUUGUCUGUGCUCCCUCCAACCCGUGUUACAAUGCCAGAAAGACUUGGGGAAAUGUUCAUGGAUGUUUGGACUCCAUUAAUCAUAUUAUGGAUUGCUGUUCUUCCUCAUGUUUAUAUGGCUCCAAAGAAUGAAUCUCACACACUUUCCACGAAUGGCACAAUGGAACUUAAUGGAGUCGUCGAAGAGCAAAAAUUAUUAAAUCGUUCCAAAAGAGGCUGGGUGUGGAAUCAAAUGUUUGUGCUGGAAGAGUUUUCUGGACCUGAACCAAUACUUGUUGGAAGGCUUCACACAGACUUGAAUUCUGGGAGCAGUAAAAUCAAGUAUAUUCUUUCAGGAGAGGGAGCUGGGACAAUCUUUGUGAUCAAUGACAUGACUGGAGAUAUUCACGCAAUGAAAAGACUUGAUCGAGAGGAAAAGGCUGAAUACACACUAACAGCUCAAGCUGUCGAUAGGGAUACAAACAAACCUCUGGAGCCUCCUUCAGAAUUCAUUAUCAAAGUUCAGGACAUCAAUGACAAUGCACCAGAGUUUGUUAAUGGACCAUAUCAGGCCACUGUUCCAGAGAUGUCCAUUGUGGGUACCUUUGUCACAAAGAUUACAGCGACAGAUUCAGAUGAUCCUGUCUAUGGAAACAGUGCCAAAUUGGUAUACAGCAUUUUGGAAGGCCAGCCUUAUUUUUCUAUUGAUCCUCACACAGCAACUAUUAAGACUGCACUUUCUAAUAUGGAUAGAGAGGCCAGAGAAGAAUAUAUUGUGGUCAUUCAAGCCAAGGACAUGGGUGGACACAUGGGUGGGCUCUCUGGAACAACAACAGUUACAGUUACAUUAACUGAUGUCAAUGACAAUCCUCCCAAAUUUGCAAUGAGCCAGUAUCAGUUUGUUGUGCCAGAAGAUAUCGUCAUUGGUGACACAGUUGGUCGGGUGAAAGCAAAUGACAGAGACACGGGAGACAAUGCCAAAUCAUCUUUUGAUAUUAUUGAUGGUGAUGGUAAAGAUGUGUUUGAAAUUACUACUGACUCCCAAACUCAAGAUGGGAUGAUUCGGCUACGCAAGCCUCUGGACUUCGAGAGUAAAAAAUCCUAUAUUCUGAAAGUAGAAGCAGCCAAUGUUAAUAUUGAUCCUCGUUUCAUUGGCGGGGUACCAUUCAAGGAUACAGCAACAGUAAAAAUUACAGUGGAAGAUGCCGAUGAGCCACCUGUGUUUUCAUCACCAACUUACCUCCUGGAAGUACACGAGAAUGCUGUUAUUAACGGAGUAAUUGGUCAGGUAUCUGCUCGUGAUCCCGAUGCAUCCGCUAGUCCAAUAAGGUUUUCUAUUGAUAGACAUACAGACCUUGAUCAUCAGUUUAAUAUUAAUGCAGAUGAUGGAAAAAUAACGUUGGCAACUGAACUUGAUAGAGAAACUAAUAUGUGGCACAAUAUCACAGUCGUAGCAACGGAAACAAGAAACCACAGUCAGAUAUCCAGAGUGCCUGUUGCUAUCAAGGUUCUUGAUGUCAAUGACAAUGCGCCUGAAUUUGCAACAGACUAUGAAGCUUUUCUUUGUGAAAAUGGAAAACCUGGGCAGAUCAUUCAGACAGUUAGUGCCAUUGACAAAGAUGAUCCAAGAAAUGGCCACUUUUUCAUUUAUAGUCUUUUACCAGACAUGGCUAACAAUCCAAACUUUACGAUAAAGAAUAAUCAAGAUAAUUCUCUUAGUGUACUGGCCAGGCAUAAUGGAUUCAAUCGACUGAAACAAGAAGUAUAUUUCUUACCAAUUAUAAUAAGUGACAAUGGCAAUCCUCCCUUGAGUAGUACCAGCACUCUCACCAUAAGGGUCUGUGGUUGCAGUCAUGAUGGCGUUGUGCAGUCAUGUAAUGCCGAAGCUUAUGUUCUACCCAUUGGACUCAGUAUGGGAGCUUUGAUAGCCAUUUUGGCAUGUAUUGUUCUUUUGCUUGUUAUCGUGGUACUUUUUGUGACUCUUAGAAGGCAUAAAAAUGAGCCUCUUAUUAUUAAGGAUGAUGAGGAUGUUCGGGAAAAUAUAAUUCGUUAUGAUGAUGAAGGUGGUGGAGAAGAAGAUACAGAAGCUUUUGACAUUGCAACUUUACAAAAUCCUGAUGGCCUAAAUGGAUACUUACCUCGUAAGGAUAUUAAACCUGAUUUUCAGUUUAUGCCCAGACAAGGACAUACAUCUACUCCCAAUGGUGUUGAUGUGGAUGAAUUUAUUAAUGUGAGGCUCCAUGAAGCUGAUAAUGAUCCCACAGCCCCUCCCUAUGACUCCAUCCAGAUUUAUGGAUAUGAAGGAAGAGGAUCAGUGGCAGGUUCACUUAGCUCUUUGGAGUCUUCAGCAUCAGACUCAGAUCAAAAUUUUGACUACCUUACUGAUUGGGGUCCUCAUUUUAAAAGACUUGGAGAACUUUACUCAGUUGGAGAAAGUGACAAAGAAACUUGACAAUGAGCCAACUUUUUGCAGCCCAGACUACUCAAAUUCUGUAAUAUUUUAGGGUCAUUGUUAUUUAUGACAAAUGUGACCAACUUGUUUUAGAGACAAAUUAGCACCAGUCAUCUAAAAAAAAAUCAAUUACAUUGUAACGUUGAACCAAAAAAUGUGUACGUUAGGGGGUCAGUUUUGUGGAGUAUAAAGUACAGUUUGUGAAGUAUCUAGAAGUCUUUGGAUGUUCAGUAUCUACACGGACCAAUAUUGUGUCUGGAGCUUGACAUCUGGGAUAUCUUGGAAAUAAAAACAAUAAAUAAAAGAACAUACGUUGGAAUGUAUUGUAAAGCUAGAGGAUAUAAAGGAUUGUACUCUGUCAUAAUGUCUUCUACCAAUGUAGUCUAUUGCAAGAUUUUUUGACAAAAAAAAGAAAAAAAAAAAAAAAAGAGGAAUCAACCACGUAUUACUAAAGCAAUAUCUGGUCUUCUGAUGAAUUUUUGAUAUUUUAAUUCCCAACUAGCUUCCACUGUGCAAUGACAUUACAUUGUGCAUACUUGGUGGCCAGGAAACCACCAAUUACAUAUCAUUGUUGAGCCUUAAUAGAAAAAGUCACGUUUGAUCUUCAUUUAUGGGACUGGAUUUACUGAUCAAGAGAACUGGGCACACAAGAGGCGACAUGCUAAUCCUGAACUCCACCUACAGAGAAUUGCUGAAAAAAAUGCAAACACAGUAAAAAAGAUAAAGAAUCUCAAAUGUUACUAUUCUUAAACUAAUUUAUCUGUUAACAUCAGAAAAUCAUAAUUUGUUACUUUUUUAUGAGAUUUAAAACAUUAUGGGCCUCUUUUGCUAACAAUGAAAACAGGGCUAAGUAUACAGUACAUGGGUUAAAUUAACAUCCAUAAAAAUGACAUUAAGGGAGCACUUGCACCAUGUCACUGUACUAUUCAGUGGCAAUUUUGUUCAAUAUAUUAUGCCAUUGUACCUAGUCAUUAACUGUGGUAUGAGAAAGUGGGUGGUAAGUACAGGAGCCCUUUAUGAGGAUCUAUAAAAAUAAAUUAUGCUCAUGCACUAUUUGUGCUUAAAUUAUGAAAAAUGUGAGACUACAUUGGUUUAUUGCUUAAGUCUAGCAGUCAGAAUAAUGUGCUGUAGGGAGCACAAUGAUGAGGCAAUUAUCAUCAAAAAAAAAAAGUGCUGCAUUGUGCAUUCAAAAACAUGAGGUAUUGCACCAAUAUUUGCACUUUGCCCAUUUUUUUAAACCAGGCCCAACAUGUUUAAUCACUGUAUAUAAACUGUUAGUUUUUCAACCUUUUUUUCAUGUAUAUCUAUGUUAAAUGUAAAAGACAUACAUUUUAAAAUUAAUUGGGAAAAUAUUACUCUCAUCCUUUAAAAAUGAACAUUGUGUCUUUGAGUAGUUACAUUUAAAAGGCUGGUAAGACAGAAACCUUUUUUCAGAGAGAAUUUGUCAGUUUUAUAUUUCGUUAUGAACUACAGUAUGAUAUAUGGUGUUUUUUUUAUUACAAGCACAAACAUAUGGGAGUAAACAGGUUCAUGUGAAUAUUUAGAAUUUUAGAGUUUUACACAAUACACUGUACAGUGACAGAAUCAUGCUUGUAGUUACCCAGUGUUUAAGGGGGAAAAUCAGUAUGUAUAUCAUUUGAGUGAUUAUGUUAACAUUUCCUUUCUAUGAUAUGGAUAGUUAUGCACAGAAACACUUGUACACAACAGUGAUGACAGCACCAGUGGCUGUAAACAUAUUAAAUUUACCAGUAGAAAUUGUAUGAUAUAUAUACGUAUCACAUGCAGAUCAUUUUAAUUUUCUACUUUACUCUGAAGCUAUAUUAUCAUUUGUUUAUUUACUCCACGUAUUGUAUUCAGAGAAACUCCUGUACUGUUUAAUACUUGGUGAAAUAUAUUUUUAUAAAUAA